UAUUCGUGAUCGUAGUGGCGAAUUUCGCGGAUUAUCGACGUCGUUGCCGGACUCGUGGAAAAGGUUUUUCGGUUUUUCCCAGGCUCCUCUAACAACUUUUCCACAUCUUCUUCCCCCCUGCACCCCUCCCUGAGAGAAGAGGCGGCGGCUCGAGGGAGAUUACAAGACACAACGGAAGAUUUAUGGAUUCCUCUUUCGUGAGGAGAGAAGACAUACUGAUUUUGAUAUGAGCUUUUGAGAAGUCGACAGAACGUGAAGCCAGAACUUCCAGACAUGGACCUGAACUUGAACUUGUCAGACGCUAACUUCGACUUUGAUGCCGCACUCUUGACAGAUGAGGAGAGACAAUGUCUGACUCAACUUUACAUGCCGACCUAUGACGAGCCGGCGGAAAAUUGUCCUUGGUCCUGGGACGGCGCGUUGUGCUGGCCGUCCUUCCCCCCUGGAAAGAACGCUAGCCUUCCAUGCUUCGAAGAACUAAAAGGAAUCAAAUACGAUACAUCACAAAAUGCAAGCCGCUAUUGCUUUCCCAACGGCACGUGGUCCACAUACACAAAUUACAACGCGUGUCAAGCCACGGUGCCAGAGAACAUGGUGCCGGAGAUGCCUUGGGUCGUAGGUGCCUCGACCAUCUACUGCAUCGGUUACAGCAUCUCACUCGUCGCCUUGUGCGUAGCGGUCUGGAUCUUCAUUUACUUCAAGGACCUGAGAUGCUUGCGGAAUACGAUACACACGAACCUUAUGUGCACUUACAUUUUAGCCGACUUUUUAUGGAUCCUUAACUUUGCACUGCAGAUCUUGGUGCCUAGCGAUUUCAUUUGCGUCGUCUUCGUUCUCCUCCUGAAAUAUUUCAUCCUCACCAACUACUUCUGGAUGUUCGUUGAAGGCUUGUAUCUGUACAUGCUGGUUGUGGCGACGUUUACAAGGGAAAACAUAAAACUUCGUGUCUAUCUUGGAAUUGGCUGGGGAAUUCCUUUUCUUGUCAUGGUGAAGGUCACCGUCAGCAGGCUAUUAUCAAGAGAUUUGGCAUCAGAGGAGCUCGAUCGGAAUAGCUGUUCUUGGUUGACGCCGCAUUGGAGCGACUGGAUCGACCAGUCUGCGGCUCUUCUAGUCCUCGGGGUCAACCUCAUAUUCCUCUUCAUGAUCAUGCUGGUUCUCAUCACCAAGCUGAGAUCCAGCAACAACGUUGAGACUCAACAGUACCGCAAAGCAUCGAAAGCACUUCUCGUCCUCAUCCCACUUCUCGGCGUCACCUACAUCUUUUUUCUCGUCGGCCCUAAAACGGACAUCUACGAGUACAUAAGGGCCAUUCUUCUUUCAACUCAAGGAUUUUCAGUGGCUUUGUUCUACUGCUUUCUUAACACGGAGGUGCAGAACACAUUCCGUCACCACUUUCUCCGCUGGAAGGAAUCCCGUGACAUCGGCCACAGGAGGUACACGUACAGCAAAGACUGGUCGCCAAACACAAGGACGGAAAGCAUCAGGCUGUACUCGAAGCACGAGGUGGCUCCGUACAAGAAGCGUGAAUCGACGGCGAGCGAAAGCACGACAAUGACGAUGGUGGGAGCCGUGGGCGGAAGGCUGUCCAACGGAUCGACGGCCAACGCGCUCAAGACGCCGGUCAACCCAUCCUUACUCGCUCCACCGACUGAAAACGCCGUCUAAAAGCGAAAAACUAACGAAAAUUUUCUACUUUUUAGGCCCGAGGGAAAGAAUCAAAACCUAAAAAUUUCUAGCUCGUACAACUAAAUGGAGAGACUAAGUAAAAUCACAUAUAUUUUUACAUCACUGCGAAGGCUACAGUGAAUCCCCUGAUUUAAAAACAAUAGAACAACACUCUUUAAAUUUUUAUUUUUUUAAAUCUAUUUUCAAUCAUUGAAUUUCACUUAAGUAUCAUUCCUGUGUCUUGAAAUUCCUCGAAAUCAAAGCUGUAUGUAAAAAGAACAGUUUACAGUAAAUGCUUAUCUUCAAAACUAAUCGCAAUUUUAGAUCUUUUGAAAAUAAUGGAAAAGCGAUACUGUAGUCGAACAAUAUCCAUUAAAAAGAAAACCCAUCCACGAGUUAGCAUUUUCCUGAGUUUACUUCACUUUUAUUGUUCAAAUUGAAGAAAUUUCCACCUCUUAGGAAAUUGAGACGUUUAAAUCCAUGGAUUACUUUUAGCACCUAUUUCCUUUAAUUUGCUGAAAUAAGAAGAACAACGAUAAGUUUUUCAUUUGUCUUUAAACCUUGUGGUGAUAUUUAUUUUCUAAUUAAUCAAUAGUGACCAUUAAAAAUAUAAGUUGAAAAUAAAUUUUUUUAUUUUUUACCAGUAGUAAGUAAAUUUGAUAACAUCAUAGAGAGUAAAACAAAACAAAAAUAUACAUAAAAAAAGAGGAACUUCUCAUUAAUAGUUACUUCUGUUAAUAAGCGUUAAUCACUUUCACUGACAUAUAGGAGGUCGCGAUGUCGCUUGAGUGGUUGAUGAUGAGUGUUUGGAAGGGUGCGGGAUGAAAGGUUUCGUGGCUUGUGUGACUGGAUAAUUGUUUGUGAAACUUCUGUGGUUUUUCACUACGACUUCACGGUCGUAUUGGAUAUUAAGAUCAUUGUCAAUGUUAAGAUUGGAUAGAUAGAAAGGAACAGUGACGAUGGUUCGAAGGAUUUUUGAUCGUAGGGAAUGAAUACAGGUUGGACGUUAUAACGCACAAUGUAGGCGCCGCUAGGGCGCGCGCUGGUGUGGUGAAACCAAUAAUGAAAAUCAUUAAAAAAACUAAAAUUAAAUUGAAUUAAAAUUAAAAUUGAAGUGAACGGGUGUGUAGUCCUCGCCAAUCUUCUUUUCAGUACUCAGAAAUGCAGCACCUAAACCCUCAACAUAACCAACGUCCUGGAUAAUAUGAUGUCUUAGAUUAUUACGAUACCUAGGUUCCAUCUGAACGGCUGGCGGAUUUCACUCCCGUGAUUUGAAAUUAAAAGAAAAUUGAAAAUUAUACUGAAAAUAACUUCUAAAUCUUGAAGGUAAGGUGGCCAUUCAAGAUCGCUCCAAAUAGAACCGCGCCGAGCCGUAUAGAUCCAUUUGGAGUGCCUGAAAUUUGAGGGGGAUUCACGAUCGCUCCACAGCCAGUCGUCUAUCGUCAUCUAGUGAAUUACUUCCUCAAAAUGAAUGACGAUCUCUUGUGCUAAGCUGCUGUUUGUUUAUAUAUAUAUA